GAUAGAAACGCGCUUUUGAUAAUAAUGAUGAUAACAAAAAAGUUUUAGUAUUUAUAUGAAAAUGGUAAAGCUGAGAGGUAUGAGGCCCAAAUAACCAUUAACAUCAAGAGAGACAGCAGGUAACACGAGGCCCGUGAGUAACAGCCCCGCCAGCGCCCUCGGGGAGGAACGUUUUCAGGCCCGAGACCCGCACUCGCACACAACAUUGCGACUAUUUUGGCCUUUUUUUUAUUAUUUUUUUCUUUUUUUUACUUUUUUUGAUGUUCCUCCAGAGCUAUUUUCAGAGGCAAUACCAGUGCCUGAGGAUCGGAAUUGUAGAAGGAGGACUUUUUGAUUUGUAGAGACUUCGUAAAUCAGAUGCAGAAGGCUGGUGACUCUCCACAAUGGCCGAGCUAGAGGAGACGUGGACCGAGAGAAAUUUUUAUGAUCGUCCCCUUUCUGUGUGGCUUCAGGAGGAUUGCGGGGAGGAGGACUUUCUUCUGCUUGACAUCUUCACGGCAGCUAGUAUUGGGUGUUGUCAGCGCGUGGGAGAUAUUAUUAAAAAGGACGAGAAAGCUGUUGGUUAUAAAAACAAGGGAGGAUGGACAGCCUUGAUGUAUGCAGCCUAUUAUGACCACUCAGAUGUAGUAAAGCUACUCUUAGAAGCUAAUGCUUCUGUUCACCUGACCAACAACGCCAGGUGUAAUGCUCUGAUGUUAGCUGUUAUGUGUGGCAAUGAAUCCAUAGUAGAAACUUUGAUAAAGGCUGGCAGCAUCUUAGAAGCUCGAGAUAACUGGGACUGGACAGCACUCUUUCAUGCAGUAAAUUCGGGCCAUCAUAGUGUGGUUGACACCCUCCUGAGAUAUAGAGCAAAUCCUAAUUCUUGUGAACGCAGGACUGGCAUGACUCCCCUAAUGUAUGGAGCACAACACGGUAACAGCAGCAUAGUCACAACACUACUUAAAGGAGGUGCUUUAGUCUCUCUCACAACACAUCAAGGACACACAGCUGCCAGGAUUGCUCAAGAUGCUGAUUAUCAUGCUAUUGCUGCAAUUAUCACACAAUGGGGUCUACAAGGUGAGAAUGGACCAAGCCUGCCAGAUGGUCCUGCAGCAGUUGAGGCACGUUUGUCACAACACGCUCAGCUACAACCUCGAUGUAGAGGAAAUGCAGUUCCUUCUGUUGACAGUGCACGUGUCAUCCCAACGGAUCUUGAAACUUUGUUGAACCAGCUAAGCUUAGGUCCAUACAUGAGUGUCUUCAAAGAACAAGAUGUAGAUCUUCAGAUGUUUUUGACAUUAACAGAUCAGGAACUGAAAGAAUGUGGAAUACACAAACUGGGACCUCGACGCAAGAUGACUUCGGCUAUUGCACGAUGGCACAGCAAUGCACCAUUGUGGAACUCUCUGGAAUGUGCUUAUGCAGAUAAGCUUGAAGUUGAGAUGCAGGAGCUGGGUGUGAAGUUAACUGAAGCCAUGGAGACUAUACAGCAAACAAAAGCCCAGGUUUAUCAAGAACACAAUUUACGAGUUGUGACGGAGGGAUGGAUAGUUGAAGCUCGUGGAAGGCUACAUGAUUGCCACCAAAGAUGCCAGAUGCUGCUUGAACAAAUGUCAGUCAUGCGGCACUGUACCUCGGUCCUAUCGGCCCAGUUCUCUCUCAUUCAGCCGACUCUCAUAUCUCCUUUGGUCGAGAGCAUCAGCGUUGCUACAGCACAUAUUGAUGCUCUUUUGAAGCUGACAGAUCCAAGUGUUGCAAGAGGUCCCAGCAACCCCUCCUCUCCUCGCAGAAAUGGGCAUCAGGGCAGCUACCCAAACACCCCUCGCUGAUGUUGCAAUAUUUUAUAUUGUCAGGCUAGUCAGAAAUAGUUGAAUUUGUAUUGUCAGAACUUAAUAUCAAGGAAUAUCUGUCUCUGUCUGUCUCUGUCUGUCUCUGUCUCUCUCUCUGUCUCUCUCUCUCUCUCUCUCUCUCUCUCUCUCUCUCUCUCUCUCUCUCUCUCUCUCUCUCUCUCUCUCUCUCUCUCUCUCUCUCUCUCUCUCUCUCUCUCUCUCUCUCUCUCUCUCUCUCCGUAAUACUUAUCUUGGUGUAAAGAGUUAUGAUACACAAAAUAUAGGAAGACAUCCAUUCAAGUUUUUUCAAAGUUUUAUUCUAUAUUUUUGUUUUUAGAGUGAUUCACCUAUUUUAAAGUACAGGAUAUUGAAGAUUAGAAAAGAAAGUCAAGAGAAUUAUUGUGAAGUUUGGCAUCAGACGUGGUGACAAGACAGUUCCUUGAGAAGUUAAAUGAACCUGAAAUUUCACACUGCCAAAAUGAUAUGUACCUGUUAAUAGUGUAAUAUUGUUGGUGUAUCAGUAGUGAUUAAAUAUUGUGAUUAGAUAUUCUCUUACUAUUUUAGAUAACUGAUUU